ACGCGCUCCGCUCCCCUUGUGCCACCAAGUCCAUCGAUUUGACACUGUCAGUCACACUCGUUUCUUGAAGAACGUUGUGCUUGGAGGAGUCAGAGCUAGAUCCAAGACCAUGGCCAGGAUGGCGGCGGUGGCCAUGUGGGCACUAUUAGCACUGGUGGUUGUCGGCCCGCCGUCGGUGGCGGCGCAGGAGUGCGACGCGGGGAAGCUGAUCGUGUGCGCGGCGGCGAUCAUCGGCGGGGCGGAGCCGUCGGAGUCGUGCUGCUCGAACCUGAAGGCGCAGGAAGGCUGCCUCUGCAAGUACGCGAGCAACCCUGCGUAUUCCGGCUACAUCAACAGCCCCACCGCCCGGAAGACCCUCGCCUCCUGCGGCAUCCCUAUCCCAACCUGCCCGCUGUAGACAUGCUGUAUGCAUGCGUGCACAUAUAGUGUGCUAAUGUAUUGCUCUCGGAAUGAAAAAGAUUUGUGUUGUGUGUUGAUCUAGUGAUAAA